AAGUUAAAAUAACUGUUUUCCAUUUUAAUGUAUUUUUUAAAAUGUAAUUUAUUCCGGUUAUGGCAAAACUGAAUUUUCAGCAGCCAUUACACCAGUCUUCAGUGUCACAUGAUCCUUCAGAAAUCAAUCUAAUAUGCCGAUUUGCUGCUCAAGAACAUUAUUAUCAAUGCUGAAAACAGUUGUGCUGCUUAAUAUUUUUGUGGAAGCCAUCAUACUUUUUUUUUCAGGACUCUUUGAGUAGAAAGUUAUUUGAAAUAGAAAUCUUUUGUAACCUUACAGAUGUCUUUGUCACUAACAGUUUAAUGUGUUCUUGCUGAAUAAAAGUAAAAUCUGACCCCAAACUUUUAAUGUUAUCACAAAAAGUAAUGUGUUCAUUGGCAUAUUUGCCUCCAAAGUAACACGUUUCGGUUGCUCUGGAAUGCCUCUAUUUGACAAGCACACACAUACACAAGCUGGCACUAAUGCACACAAUAACUCACUGAAGCUCUAUGAGGGAAUACAUUGCCUCUGCAAAACAAGCAGAACAGGUGGGCGGGACUUUUGAGGUUUCCCUUUACCUUUACACCUAUCAGGACAGUCGCUACGGCAUCUGAUCCCCCUCCCUCUGACCAAUCAGACGACAGCACAGCCGGCCCCACUCUUACAUGAGUUGUGUGCUGCUGACUGAGCAAGCGAGCACGCCUUCAGUAACCAGCUGAGAGGAAGUAGGCUGAAAGGCAAAGCAGAGGAGAGAGAGAAACAAGUGGGGAGGAACAGAAAGAAAGGCCUGCACUCCCUCAUUCCUUGCAAGUAACCUUUCAACUCCUCACAGUCUGGAAGCAAGAACAACCACAACUUUAGAGCACCGACAGAGAGGACGGAGAAACAGACGAGGAGGGAAGGGCAGGAGUUCCUAGAGAGGUUGUGUCUCUGGAAUGCCUGGCUCAGGAUGCAGCCGCUGAGCAGUCCACUCCUUUCAGGAGCCAAGGGGAGGCGUGAUUGGCCGCUGGCCUUAUCUGGGUGGAGCUGUAGGAGGGAUAUUACCUAUUCAUUGGCACGUUCUGCAAGGCCUAUCCCACCUCACUGACGCUCUGCCCUUGGCCCCUGUUAGCUGCCUGUGUGUCUGGGAAUGUUGUUUUUGCAUCAGAGGGGCAGUGUUGGAGAUGGCCGAACUCAGGGGCUAAGGACAGGGUCAAGAUUCAAGGGUCAACACAACUCAGAAGCUGCAGGGGUGGAUGUGGAAGGGCCUGAAGCCAAGCUGCAGGCACCAACAGGCACAUAGAAGCUGUGUGCACUGUGGAAAUCAGCUUGUGCUAACUCCAUAACUGACCCCUGGAAACUACAGCCUUCCAUCCACCUAGACGGGAAGCUUACUUUCACUUUCACAGCCUUGUUGCACUUGUUCAGACAUUCUAGAACUCUCUAGAGCUUGUGUCUUUAUUAUUUAACACUGCACAACUUCCCUUAAAACAAUCACCCAGCACAAGCAAAGUCACUAUGCGUCACAUUCACGUGGAACUGGCUCGUAAAGAGCCGGCCGUAGAGCUUCCAGCCCAGGAUGGUGAUCUGCCUCUGCCUAGCACUCAGAGCGAGAACCCUGAACCUGGAGUACGUAGAGUAGUUCCCAGACCUUUUGGAGAAGAAGAGAUCAGACUGCAGAAGGUCUACCAGCUGUCCAUCCUCUCACAAAGAGGUGGUUUUGGGGAAAAUCAAGAGACUCUGCGGCCUAUAAGAGUAGGCAUGAAACGUAGCCUGGAGGGGACGCCGGUCCCUGUCACCCACAAGCGUCUUCUUCAACAGGAUGAUGAUGAUGAUGAUGAGUCCGAUGGGGAGGUGCUGUGUGGCUCUGGGGUGGAACCACUUUUUUACAACAGAGACUCUGAUAUCCCUAGGUCACCUCCCCUUUCCCCUUCACAUCCACCAAUUCCUGGUCGCCGCCCAGCACAGCACAACCACGACAGGCCUGUUCCAGAUGUGUUUGCCCCGCUGUCCCCAAAAUCUCCUCCGAUGGCGGACCCCCAAGGCCCUCACUCCACCUGGGGAAACUGCGAGAGGAGUCCACCUACCCUUACUCCCAGGACCGAGGCCUCCACAGCAGGAAACGUCUCGGCUGGCUCCAGCGAAGAGCCACAGAGCGAAGGCCAUAACUCUGUGGACGUCAAAAGCAUGUUGUGCACCACAGACAGCAGUUGGGCACCUGUCCCGUUUUCAACACCCGCUGAAGCUGUCGAAUGGGGGACAACUUUUGAAUCUUCUCCUCCACCAUCGGAGACGAAGACCUCAUCCUCUUCCUCCUCCUCUAAUGGACUGAGCACUCUUGAGAAAACACCAGUGGAAGCAAAUAGCCUGAUAUCAGGAUCAUCCAAUUCCUGCCCAGUGAAGAAAAGACUUCUUUCCUCCAGUGAUACAGGGGAGUCCUGUUCAGAGGAUGAGGGUCCAUCUACAUCAAAACGCAGUCGACUGGCACUGUUGGCACCGGGGCUCGGAUUAGCAUCCUGCCGCAGCACUGAUGCCAAGGGUGCACCCUUCUGGAAUCAUCUACUACCCUCAGCAAGAGAGCACACCAAGACUGCUGCAGACUGUUCGCGAUCAAGUAGAAGGCUCAAAGCAGGAAGUCGACUGAAAUCUCGACAGUUGCGCAGUGGACGCAGAACAGACACCAGUCGCUCCUGUGGUUCAGUCUCCUCUUUAUCCUCCAUUAGCAGACCUCUUCUUGGCAACUUUGAGGAGUCAAUUCUGAAGGGCCGCUUUACUCCAUCUGGGCGGAUAGAGGGCUUCACAGCAGAAAUCGGGGCUAGCGGCUCCUAUUGCCCACAGCAUGCCACCUUACCUGUGCAAGUGACAUACUAUGACACCUCAGAGCACAGUGCCCCUUCUCCCUUCCUGGGGGUGAUCUUGCUAGAACCACUUGGAAAAAAAGGAUACAGCGUACCCAAAGCAGGGACCAUUCAAGUGACCUUAUUUAACCCCAAUAAGACUGUGGUUAAAAUGUUUUUGGUGACGUAUAAUUUUGGGGACAUGCCCGUUAAUCACAUGACCUUCUUGCGCCAUCGUAUCUUCCUGGUGCCUGUGGAUGAGGUGGAGGGGCCAGGGGAGGGGCAGGAAGGCUCCUUGUCUGACAGGAAGAAGAUUCUCUGCUACUUGAUACACCUCAGAUUCCAGAGUUCCAAAUCUGGGAAAAUCUACUUGCACAAUGAUAUCCGGCUGCUAUUCUCCCGCAAGUCCAUCGAGGUGGACACUGGGAUUCCUUACGAGCUGAAAUCUUUCACCGAGGUGCCAAGAAACCCCAAAUACUCCCCCAGAGUGUGAGAUCGUGAUGCCCUGCUACGGUGGGGCAGAAGGACUGCAUUAAUAAAGAUUGCAAGACAAGAGACCCCUGUACACUUGAACACAGACACACUUGCACUCAUACAUGCAAACACAGACAGAUGUAUGUACAUACACACUGAUAUCACACCCUCUCGAGGGCAAACUCUAGAACUGAGUGUGUAACAUGCAUGCCUUGUGACUAAAUUGAGUUUUCCUCUAGUGCCGUUAAACAGUUAAGCUUUGCCCUUCACUCUGCCUACACCUGCCCACUGUGGACCAGUCGUAACCAUGCCCACCAACCCGAUCUGAAAUGUUGGUGACUAUCAGUAGAUAUGGACUUCCUCGAUUAAAGAGGACUGAUUGGAUGUACAAAGAGGUAUUGAAUGAGAUCAACAGGAACGUAUGAAGGCAAAUCAUAUGGAAAAAGAGACUUCUGAGGCCCAGAUUGGAGUUUCAACAAUGGACACCACCAGUAACUUGCCCAUUGGAUGGGGAUAAGAAUGUUAGAGACCUAGAAAGCUAUAAAGAAAGACACCAGCGGAACAGAGGACUGAAAAUACAUCCAUUCAGUAUCUGCAUUGGUUGUAAAGAGGAGAAUAGACCUCAAUAUAUUGGACAUUUUUUUGUUUUGGAAGGGCAGUUUGGAGGACAUUGCUGUUUCAACUUCUUCUGAACAGUCCAACAUCAGAGCAGAAAACAAAUUGUAGUAUUUAUGUUCGCAAAUGUCUUAAAAAAAAAAAGAAAAAAAAAAAAAGCAAUAUGCUGCACAACUAGAGUAAUUUCAUUUUUGUGGAGGUAGUAGGUGCCCUCUCUGCUAGGAUGGAGGGAAAAGAUUGCCAAGUGAGUGAUGAUGGAGAGAGGGAGGGAGGAAAACAGAGGGAACGGGAGGGAAUUUGGGGUAUUUAAAAUCAGAAAAUGUUGUUUAUGUAUAUUUUAAAAUUGAUUAAACUCUGUGACUUGCGGGUGAAACCAGUGUUUGACCGUAAUUUGCCAAGGGAUACUUGAGAAGCAAUGCCAAGGUUUACUCCUGUAUGUUUUGUGUAUGAUCAAUAAAAUACAUUCACUUACAAUAUAUUAAAAA